AUGGCCCAGGCCUACGAGCCCGGAGCAGUCUCAGCGCUGCCCCGGAUGCAGUCAGCGCCCAUCUCGCGCCCGCAGGUCAGCAUUGAAAGGCUUCCUACGCGCCGUCUGAGCAACGAGCCUCGUGAGUCGAUGAAUUGCAAAUCAUGCCGAAAGCGUAAGAUAAAAUGUAACCGCCUUCGACCGGCCUGUGAGGCAUGUCAGGUUUUUCAGUGUCCGUGUAUAUAUGAUGCCGUCCCCAAAAAGAGAGGCCCGAAAACAGAUGUGUUGGAAGCAUUAUUAAAGAGAGUCGACGGGCUUGAGGCGCGGUUGAAAGAGCAAAAGACGGAGCCAGAGAGGCCGACCUCCGACACUGCGUCCGCUAAAGGCCCCGACGGGUCCGCGUCAACAGAGACAGCAUCGAGUUCGAUGCCGAGUGAGAAACAGCCGCAUUUCUCUGGAAACAUCGACCUCGGUCAGGAGUCAGGGGACUCGGCGGUGUUUUCCCCUCCUCAGCCAAGCGAGGCAUCAUCACCCGAAGUACACCCUGACGCAUUACUGGAUGUUUACUUCACCCGCUUUCACGAAAAACCUUUCCACAUAUUCGACGAGUCCACCCUCAGACAACGUCUCCAGCUAAACCAAGUGCCUCGCUACUUGGUCUGCUCGGUCUACGCCGUAGCAGCUAGAUACACACCACAUCCGGGCGGUUACCAGGCAGCGGUGAAACUCAGCGAAGACUACGCCGCCCAAGCACGAUCGGACAUUGACACAGAUGAGCCAUCCAUAGAUGCUAUACAGGCUCUGAUACUUCUCGCCACCGCAUACACCGCGUCCGGCAAGGGCAAGAAAGCGUACAUGAUGUUGACGAACGCGGUUGGAAUGGCCAUGGCCUUGGAGCUUCACAGAGAGUUGGACCCUAAUGCCCAGGUUACACCGAUCGAGCGAGAGACACGUCGGAGACUAUUCUGGAGCUGUUAUCUACUCGACCGAUUCCUGGCAUGCGGCUCAAAGCGCCCUUCUCUUAUUUCAGACCGAGCCAUCCUUUUGCGGCUUCCAUGCUGGUCUCCCAAUCCAGCCUCGUUACCGAUCGAAGGGGAGUUUUUCCAGAGCUACACGAGCCUUCAGCACCUGCAAGGCAGUGGGAAAAAGUCACAAGGGAGCAGCGGGAUGCUGGUUGACAUUUGUCGCAUUCUCGGUACGACUAAUCAGUACUUGGCGGCUGGCGGUGUCAAGGGUGAUUCUCAUUUUCCGUGGCACUCGCUGUCGAACCUCUCCAAGAUCCGCCAAGAUCUCGACGUUUGGGCCUCUGGGACGGAAGGCGCAUUCUCUAGUUUAGAGUCAUUGUUUGGCCAACCCGAUUCUACGGUACUCGUGCUCAGCAAGCUGGUUUAUCACCUCAUUCACUGUCUUAUCUAUCGCCCAUUCCUUCCUAUCGAUCUGGCAGAACUGGCGGGGUCUGGGCAGCAUCAGUCCUGGCAGAUUGAAGCUACGAACAUGUGCUUCCUCCACGCAAACGCAAUCGCGGAGCUCGUGGAGCUAGGGAAACAGACCACAUCCGUUGAAUGGCCCGCCUUUGUCGGUUACUGCAUCUGUACAGCCGGCACGGUGCACAUCCACGGCGCUCACUAUAGCAGGAUCGGAAGUGCUGGCGAGAUGAACGUAUUCAGCGCCUCAGCCGAUUUCUUGUCGAGGGAGAUGCAGCAGUUAAGCGAGCUGCGCUAUGCAUGGGCAAGCAUCCAGCACCAGCGGGAAACGCUUCAAGGCAUAUACAAUGCCCACUCGGAACUCGUCAAGAGUCUUGCCCACAGCCCGAUGCGCUACUCACCUGUAUUCCACCUGGAAGACUUCUUUGACCGGUACUCAAACAUUGGCGGUCCUGGGGGGCAAACAUUCAGUUUCGAUGCGGCAAAUCUGAGUCUUGCCGAUGUCGUCGUUGAUUUUACUGCCGACGCAUCUCCAACUCAGGGCCUCUAUGCUCCACGGCCUAAUAUCACCAAUACUGGCCCGGCCCGGCAAACCCUGAAGAGAAAGAACACGGCGCCCUCGGGCCGCCCUCGGCCAGACCCCAAGAAUAUUACGUCCCUCAACAUCAAUACGGCAUCGGCCCCCUCUUUGCCCACGCCAUCUGCCGCUGGGCAUCCGCUGUUCUCGCCAGCGUCAUUACCGCCCCAACCCUCACCAGGAGUGCUCCAUACGCCUACCUCUCUUGUGUCGCCGCAUGGAGUUCAUGGAGUUCACCAGCAGGAUCGGCAGGUUGGCAUGCCCGCUGGGUCGAUGAGCGGGGGGUCGUCAGCUGACGCAGCUGGCGGCUUCUCCCUUGGUAAUGGCUCGCACGGUCACGCGAGCAGUCUCUCGCAGGGAUUCUCCAGCACAACCAACGGCUCAUUCAACGCGUCAUUCAGUUUCAGUCAAUUGCGAGGCUCGACGCCCGGCCCUAGUGGGACAUCGCAGGGCUUUGACCCUAUGUUUGGAGGAAUCCCAACAAAUGCGUUCUCCAGCCCAGCGCCCUGGCACGAUGAAAGCGGGAAUAAUAGAGCGGCUGGUCUUGCGGCGAGUCCGAACAAUAGGAGUCCAAAUGAGAGUGUAAGCACAACUGGGACGGAAGAGAAAGACCCUUUCCUCAGCCUGCUGGAGCAGCUGGCCGAGAACGAGUCGAUACUGGGUGCUGGGAACGAGCUGGAUUUCUUUCUUUCCGGGGCGCCCAGUACGGGAUAG